AUGGCAAGAAGCUGUCGAAGCGCCACGGGGCCACGGGGCUGGAGGAGUUCGAGGCCAAAGGCUACCUGCCGGAGUCCAUCCGGAACUACCUCGCCCGGCUCUCCUGGUCCCAUGGGGACGACGAGAUCUUCUCGACGGAGCAGGCCAUCGAGUGGUUCUCCUUUUCAGCCUGCUCCCGAGGAGCACCUUGCUUUGAUUUCGACAAGCUCAACGGCCUCAAUCAGCACUACAUCAAGGAGGCAGACCACCUUCGCUUGGCCGAGAUCGUCUUGA